ACUUUCUUAUGUUUGUAGUUUCAAGUGGAACAGUUUUGAUUAGAAAAGAAGAAAGAAGAACUAGUGGUUAUCAUAAACCAAUCGUUUCAGGACCUUCUCACCUCAACUUUCAUAAAAUAUUUCGUACUUAUUACGCUUGUGAUAAGUUACCUUUUCCUGAAAAGGAAGCUUUACCCUCCUCUUUGGACCACUACAAGAAACAAGCACAACCUAAAUUUGAUAAUAAAGCAGCCAAAGCUGCAGAGUUGAUAGAAGUGAUGGAAACUUUGGAGAAUUAUCGACAAAGACUGUAUAAUGAACUGCAAGUUCGUACUCAACAAUUGGGAACUGAACCAGAACAGCAGCAGGUAGGUUCUUUCUGGUUGAAACUUGAUAUAAGUUUAAAAUGAGGAAAGAAAUGGAUUGAAAAUAACCCACAACUAAGAUAUAUCGAAGAAACUGUAAAACAACUGC